AUGCACCUGAAACGUUUCCCUUAUUUUGUAAUCAUUCUUUUUAUACAAAAGAUUCUUUGUGUUAAAUAUGGAAUGACGAAAAUUGAAUGUGAAACUAUUGAUGCCAAGGUGAUGCAAUUCUACGCCUGUGAAUUAGUGCCAGUCUCAAAACAAAUGUCAGAACUAACCGUUAAAAUUCGAGUUGUUAAAAUUCCCCUUAGAAAUAUAAAGAUAAGGGUUGCUUUAACCGUUCCAGGCGUUCUAACUGUCUAUAAUGACACCUGGGAUAUAUGUGCUCUUUUAAGCAAACGAAAAAGCAAUCGGGCAUUUAAUGAUUGGAUUAGACCAGGUCUUAGGGAAUUCACCAAUAUAAAUCACUCGUGUCCUUAUAACCAUGAUUUACAUUUUGUUAAGAUGCCUCAGCCUGCAACGGAAGCAAAGUUUGCCCUCUUCGGUGAUCAAGGCAUUACAUUAGUUGAUGCUCUUGUAAAUGGCAAGAAAGCAGUUUCACUUACAUUAACAUAUUCUGAAAGGCUCUAG